AUGCCGACGAAUCGGCUGUUUUCAUCGAAGAUUCGGUUGUUUCUGGUAUUACUCGUACUCUAUGAUGUUGGUCAAGUGUUUGCCAAUUUUGAGGUUCGCUUGAAGCCUAAUUGUGAGAUGGAACAGGAUUCGACUGUGAAGACUAUGACCACAGGGUAAUUUUUUAAUUUCAGGUUUUUUUUGUUUUACCACCUGGAGUAUAAUGGUUUUUUGAUGCUAUGCUGUCCAACUUCGAUAAAAUUUUUCUUAAAAGGUACUGUAUUUCAGAGCUUGUUCUCAUACUCAAGCCGUCAUAAUGGAAGGUGAUGCUCGUCUGCUCAUCAAUGUUGCCAGCCCGACCUCUUUGAAGUUUUCAACGGUUUAUCUUCGCAACUUGACACCGGAGGCGACCACCAUCAAGUUUGAAAACACUGUUGAUCUUGAACAUGGUAAUUUGGUUGCUUGUUUUAUAUAAACGGAAAACUAUGUUGACAUUGUUUGUUAUUCUUGUCUUAAUUUGACUGUUUCAUCCAAAAAUGACUGUUUUAGUGCUGGGAGAAGCAUGCAAGUUCAAAAAAGAAAAGUUUACCGCGUUUGCUGACUGGCACAUGGUGUACGUGUCGGCUAUCUGCAAGAACGCCCAAGGUAAGAGUGUUCAUGCUUUCGUUCGAAGCAUCGUCUAUUCCGAAUACCUUAUUCACACUCCUCCAAGUUACGUGGUCUACACCAAUAUCCCCGAGUCCUCCGAUCUGGCAGGUGUUGGAGCUUUGAGUAAGUUGGUUGAGGUGAAAUGUAAUUUUUUUAUUUUUGGACUUUUUUUAUGUUAAUUUUUGUUAAGGUUGAUUAUAGUAAAUGUUUUUAGCCGGCUACAGAGAAACGGCCAGGCUCAUCGAGUACAACAACAAAUUAAACAAGUCGAUGAUCUUUGUGCGCCUUCUCAACAACGUCAACAGCACCACUCCAGUACAGACUCAUCCUUCUCUAUUUGACAACACCACUGAAGCUGCAGAUACACCCGUUGGUGAGAUCACCAAAAUUAUCAAUGUUGGUCUAACUGAAGCAAACGCUGGACAAAUUACCGUGUACAUGACUACUAAGAACGAUGGCUAUUUUGUUACUUCAAGGACCUUCUUGGACAAACCAUUGAAACUAGUCGACAGAGGUACGUUUACUUUUAUUUUGGCUACCAACUGGUACUCGAUUGUUUUAGUAGCGCAGUUUUGAAGUACGAAGUUAGCACUAGUUAUCUUCUUCUAUAUUUCUUUUAAUUAAAACUUUCAGACGAUUGUGCCACAAAGAAUCCUUUAAGUGGCGACAUCACCGCGUACUUUUGCUUCAAAGACGAAUUUGAAAAGGAGAAAGGUAAGGAGGUAUACAAAUGGAGGAGCGACCUUAUCCUGAAUGAUGUUCUCAUGCCGGACUUGUCAUACGUAAGUUUAUCCUAUUCUUUUAAGCUGAAUUUGUAGGUUUUGCUGUGACUGUGUUACAGUUACUAUUUGACAAUGUAGCAGAUAAACUGGCAGAUAGGUUUGACAAACAAUGUUUUAUGUAAACUAUGUUUUAGGAGUGCGGCAAUACACAAGCUGGAGUAGACUUUGAAAAAUGCAAGAGCGACGUUGCCAAGUAAGCGAAGUUUAGACAUGAAUUGAUUAGUUUUAACUUGAUCUUAUUCUAUUUUUGGGUAAAUUGUUAAUUGUAUAGAUUUAAACUUGCUUUUAGGAGGAGCUUCUGGUGUAUUCUACUAUUUGUGUUGGCUGGUAUAGAGUUCCUGAUCAUCACUGCCACUAUGCUCACCUUUGUCGGCUGUAUUUGCCAUCGUCGCAGAAAGAUCAAGAAGCACCGUAAGAAACUUUUAUUUUGCGUUAUUUUAGGUCUAUUUCAGGACAUUUUAAUUCGCUUUAAUAAUUUUGUAAUUUUAAGCAAACUUACAGUAAUAUAAGAAGGACGUGUUUUUUAUUUAAAUCUGGGGUUAAGCCUUUUGUACUUUGCGGCAGAUACCUUAAAAUCUUUUAACACCUUUCAAUUUGCCAACGAAUUUUAAUUUUAAAAUUUUAGGCAAGAGAAAGGGUCGUCACGGUAAGAACAAGAAGAAGGAGGAUUCGAACGGUUCCAAGGCUUCCAACACCAAGAAGACUGGCUCGGCCGAGUCGGCCGUUUCGAACGCGGACACCAAGAACACGACCAAUGAUAAGAACACCACCUCGGAGGCUAAGAAGUAG